AUGGAAUCUCAAAAUUGUAAUUAACCAUCAUUUAACAUUAGCAUUGACCAAAUCAUUAAUGGAAGGAUUUGAAAACAUAUUACUGACUUAAACUUAAUUCACAACACAAAGGAGGAAAGUCUUUUUGGAAGACAAUCUCAAAUAUGGAAAAGAGAUUGAGAGAGAUUACAAUAAAUUGUAAGAUAUAAUUGAUGUAAACAAUAUCCUAAACUUUCUUAGAAUUUGCAAGCCAAAGUUGAUAAAAUAAUUAAAUCUCAAGAAGAUGAUUUUAUGAUUGCAUAUAAAGAACAAAUGGCUGAAAUAUAAAAAGAAUUAAAGGCAAUGAAAAGAAAAAUAGAUGAAGAGACACUUCGAUAAAAUUCAGAUGAAAAAAAAAGAAUUUUAGAAGAAGAGAGAGAUUAUUUUAGGGAAGAAGCCUUGAGAUUGGAUAAAUUAUGUUAAGAACAAAUAAGAACUAUUGAAGAAUUAAAAUUUAAAUUGAAAAUAACUUAAGAGGAAAAAUAGUAUUAUGAAUGUUUUGUUAUCGGUAUAUUAAUUGUAUGAAGAAUUUAGAUUCUAAAAAAGAAAAUAAAGCCUUGAAAUAGGAGCUACUUUAAUUAUAUAAAUAGAAAAGUGAAGAAUAAAGAAUUGGCUAAAGAGUGAGUUCUGUUGGAGAUAUUAAUCAAAAGACAGUUAUAAAAAAAAAUAUUGAUUAUAGAACAUUUACAUAAGAAGGAACACAAUUUACAGCGAUUAAAGAUGAACAGGGAGAAAUAUCGAAAAGAGAAUUUUCAUCUAAUAAAUCAGGAUAAAAAACAUAAUUAUCAAGCAAAAUACAAGAUUAUGGGUCAUCAUAACAUGAUAUUUUUAGAAGAGAAAUGUCGUCCUAAUAACGUAGCAGAUACAAUUAGGACAUUCAACAAGUAUUACCUUAAUUUAUUAGAUUUAAGAUACCACAAAAUAGGAACAGAUUUAAGAACUUAGAUCAUAACUAUAAAAAGAAAAAUAAAUAAAUCAAUUAUUAAAGGCUGAGCUGUCUAAAUACAAUUGCUAAAAAGGAGAAUUAGAAUAAAUUCUGAUAGAUUGUGUCAAUGAAAUGAAAAAAGAAGUCUAAAAUAGAUAAAGUUAAUAAAAAUAGUUCUUUUAACAUAGACCUACUUCGUAUUCAUAACCUAAUAUAGAGGGCGAAAAGCAAUACUCUCAAUUUACUCAUACUGACAAGAUGUACAAUACUUAUAAAUAUAUAAUUAGACAACUGUUAAAACGAUUCAUUUCGAGUGAUGAAUUUUUAAAUCAGUUAUAUUAGAUUACAUUUAAUAAUUAGAUGCAGUUGUCAACUUAAUUAAAAUUAAAUGAGAAAUGGAAAAUUGAUGCAGAUGAAGCGGCCAAAAAGUUUUAUAAUUUCAAAUAAUUUAAGUAUAGAUAUAAAACAAGCCAACGUAUAUUUAUUUAUAACUUUAGCAAUUUUAAAAACUUCCUUAAUAAAAAGGCAAGACAAAGAAGUUGUUUAAACCUCAUCUAAUUACAAUGAUAAAACUAGGGAACUUAUAGAUUAAAUCAUUAAAGUUGAUUAAUCUUGAUUAAUCUUGAUUGCC